AUGCCGCUGAAGAGAGAAGAUACAGAGCGUGCUCUGCAGGUGAUGGAGGCCUGUCAGGCCGGAGCUACUGAAGGGGUCAAAGGUCGCGCUGAGAGACUGCUGAACAUCUUCCAGAGUGAUCUGUUCCAGGCUCUGCUGGACAUACAGGAGUUCUAUGAGCUGACAGUGUGUGAGAACCAGACAACGAGCCGGCCUCAGACACCUGGACAGAAGUAUCGUUACCAAGACGAUGAGACUCCGUCUGUCGACCCCAGCCCUGGUCACAUGACACACGGACGCAGCACCGAGUUAACCCACGCACACCUGGACGGAUACACACACCCUGCUGCACUCACCAUGAACGGAUCAGAAGGAGAGCUGGAGUACGAAGAGAUCACACUGGAGAGGGGGAACUCUGGUCUGGGUUUCAGCAUCGCAGGAGGAACUGAUAAUCCUCACAUCGGAGACGAUCCGUCGAUCUUCAUCACCAAGAUAAUCCCAGGAGGAGCCGCCGCUCAGGACGGACGCCUCAGGGUGAACGACAGCAUCGUGUUCGUUAACGACGUGGACGUGAGGGAGGUGACUCACUCCAUCGCCGUGGAGGCGCUGAAGGAGGCGGGGCCUGUUGUUAGGCUCUACGUACUGAGGAGGAGACCCCCCACUGAACGCAUCACGCAGAUCAAACUGAUGAAAGGACCUAAAGGUCUGGGCUUCAGUAUAGCAGGUGGUGUGGGGAACCAACACGUUCCUGGAGACAACAGCAUCUACGUCACCAAGAUCAUCGAGGGCGGAGCGGCGCACCGAGACGGACGGCUACAGAUCGGGGACAAAAUACUGGCGGUGAACCACAUGUCUCUGGAGGACGUCCUGCAUGAAGACGCCGUCUCCGCUCUGAAGAACACGGGGGAGGUUGUCUACCUGAAGGUGGCCACGCCCACAUCACAGUACAUCCACCCAGCUGAUCGAUACAGCCCCCCCGACCUCACCAGCUCCUACAUGGAGCCAGACUACAUGUGUGAUUACCCACAAGCCCUCCCUCCUCCGUCUCCACGGCGAUACUCCCCGAUCCCCCGCGGCAUGAUGGGAGAGGACGAGUACUCCCGGGAGCCUAGGCGAGUGUGCGUCCAGCGCGGCUCCACCGGACUCGGCUUCAACAUCGUUGGCGGCGAGGAUGGCGAGGGAAUCUUCAUCUCCUUCAUCCUGGCAGGAGGACCAGCAGACCUCAGCGGAGAGCUCCGCAAGGGAGACCAGAUCCUCUCUGUGAACGGUGUGGAUCUCAGGUACGCCACACAUGAACAGGCAGCAGCAGCUCUGAAGAACGCUGGACAGACUGUUACCAUAGUAGCACAGUACAGACCUGAGGAGUACAGUCGCUUUGAAGCAAAGAUCCAUGACCUGAGGGAGCAGAUGAUGAACAGCUCGUCUGGAAGUCUGAGAGCCAACCGCAGCUUCUAUGUGAGGGCGCUGUUCGACUACGAAAAGCAGUGGGACGGCGGCGUCCUAUCACAGGCUCUGGACUUUAACUUCGGGGAGGUGCUUCAUGUGAUGGACAGCACUGAUGACGAGUGGUGGCAGGCCAGACGAAUCAACCAGCAGGGGGAGCUAGAGGAGCUGGGCUACGUCCCCUCUAAACACAGGGUGGAGAGGAAGGAGUGGUCCCGUAUGAAGAGUAAAGGUCGGGAAGGUUUCGUUCACAGCUACGAGCUCGUUACUCAGAUCGAAGUGGACUACGCUCGUCCCGUCAUCAUCCUCGGCCCGACCAAAGACCGAGUCAACGACGACCUUCUGUCCGAGUUCCCCGACAAGUUCGGCUCCUGCGUCCCCCACACCACCCGUCCUCAGAGGGACUACGAGGUGGACGGGAGGGACUACCACUUUGUGUCGUCACGGGAACAGAUGGAGCGUGACAUCCAGUCCCACCGCUUCAUCGAGGCGGGUCAGUACAACAACCACCUGUACGGGACGUCAGUGCAGAGCGUCAGACAGGUGGCCGAACAGGGGAAGCACUGCAUCCUGGACGUGUCAGCCAACGCGGUGCGGAGGCUGCAGGCAGCUCAGCUCCAUCCCAUCGCCAUCUUCAUCCGACCACGAUCCCUAGAGAACAUCCUGGAUCUGAACAAGCGUCUGUCGGAGGAUCAGGCGAGGAAAGCUCUGGAUCGAGCCAUCAAACUGGAACAAGACUUCCUCGAGUGUUUCACAGCCAUCGUGCACGGCGACAGCUUCGAGGAGGUGUACCACCUGGUCAAAGCCGUCAUCGAGGAGCAGAGCGGCCCCUACAUCUGGGUCCUGACCCGCGACAGACUCUGAUUGGCUGCCAGCCACUGCCAGCGACAGGAGACGGUCUCCAUGGAAACCGUCGCCAAGGAGAGCAGAUGUUUGUCUUUUUAUGGUUUUG